AAGGAAAGAAUUGAGGAUUACACUUGGGUUCAGUGUGAUAAUGUAGACUGUCAGAAAUGGAGACAGAUUCCUAACAGUGUAGCCAAGGAGUUAAGUGACGAGAGCCAGUGGUAUUGUUACAUGAACAGUAACACACCUUACAAUAGCUGUAGUAAACCAGAGGAGGACUACACAGCAUAUGAUAAACUAGCUAAAAAACUAGGCUUUAAAUAUGUCAUGUCACAGCUUACUGAAGGAGUCCUUGUUUGGGCUAAAAUGCAUGGUUAUUGCAGGUGGCCAGGUAUUGUAACCAAGGAUCCCAUCACAGAGUAUUGUAUGGAUGUGGACUUUGAGGGUAAUCCUACCCACUAUCACAUUGAGUACCUGGGUAAAAACCAUUGUCAUGCCUGGAUAGCAGCUACUAAUAUCACAUUGUAUGGCCACAAGGAGGAGGAAAGUCCUGAUAAGUCAAAGAUUAAAAUAAAGAAAAAAGGAAGGAAAAAGAAAACCUUGACAAGUCAAAGCAAUAAUUUAUAUAGAAAAAAAUACAAACAAACACUGGUUGAUGAUGCUAUACAAGAGGCUGAAAGUAUGAUGGAUCAAGGUGUUGAGGAUCGACUGAAACAAAUCAAAUUCAUACCAAAAAAGUCAUUAGGAGGACCAAUUAUGGAAGUAAAAACUGAACCACCAGAUGAAUUUGAACAGAUCCCUAGUUUAUUGGAUGAGAAUAAAAAUCUAUUGUAUUUGACUAAAACUCCAGAGGCAGAUAAAAAGAAGUCAUCUAGAAGAAAGGGCAAAGAUGGUCUUCAUCAAAUAAAAAAAUCUACCAACACACAAUUACAGAAGGAAUUGAAAACGUCAAAGGUCAAGCAAAGAGUUCAGAAAUCAGUCUCUGUUCAAGAUGUUGCUGUCAGGCCAAAUUUUCAGGUAUCUUUUGAGUCAUCUUGUAUAGCAAGCACUGACCUUCCACAGACCAAGGGCACUGACUGUUGGAAGAAAUGUUCACAAAAGGUUGUUGUAAAAAAAGAAACAGAUGAUCUUUUAUCAGAGGGCACACUUGUUCUGGCUAAACUGGAUGGAUAUGACAAAUGGCCAGCAGUGAUGACUAGAGACCCACAUACAGGACUACAGUUUGAAAUGGAUAGCAACCGUCAGUUGUCUACGUACCAUGUAGAAUUCUUAGGACCAUCACAUACUCAUGCAUGGAUUAAAGCCGACAGAGUUUGUCUUUAUUCUAAAGAUAACAUGAAUGAUAGUCAAUCCCAGUCUAGUGAAAAACAGCAGGAGAACAAAGUUAAAAAGAAAUUAACAUCACCAAAGAAUAAGCCUUCUAAAGUUAUCCUACAGAAGUUAGAGAAAUCUAAAGAGGAAGCAGAUUGUAUGGUGGUCCUAUCAAGAGAACAGAGAUUGAAAUUAUGUAAAUUCAGAUUUUUCAAAGACAAUCAUGAAGCAGAAGAUUUUCAGUGCAAAGAUAGUGGUUUUGAGAGCUGGAACUACCCAGCAUCAUCAGGUAGUUCAGCCAUAAGUUCUGCUGAAAACUUUGCAUGUUCUAGGCUCCAGUAUAACACAUCAUUAGUAGACAAAUCUAAAGAGGAAAGGUUUAAACUUGAUGUAGAGAUGUACAAGAAAAAUGAGAAGGCAUUUCUUCAUGACCUGUCAAGAUUUAUGAAGAGGAACAACUUAAGUGUAAAUCUAACAGCUCAUUGGCACCAUAUACCAGUAGGAGCUUUUCAGCUUUUCCUCGCUGUCCAUGAACGUGGCGGAUAUCAAGAGAUUUGCAGAAAGAAGCAGUGGACUGCAGUAUUCAGGGAACUGACAGAAACCCAGCUCUCUGCUGGUCCUGCUCCAAAGAAUUUUUACCUCAGGAAUAUUUAUGCAUAUGAAUUGUAUGUAACCAAUGGUGAUUUUGAGGCUGAAUUAAAGCGACUACUGAGCAAAAGAAAGAAGAAAUCUGUAGGAGAUGUGAUGAUAGAAGAUGAUACAGGCAGUUAUACCAAUGUUGAUGAUGAUGCUGACUCAGAUGGUUUAGCGGCAAUGUUAGCAGAUCUUGAAGAAUACAGUUCACUUUGUCAAUUAGAAGAAGAUAUUGAAGCUGAGAAAAAGAGAAUGGGAAUCAAUAUAGCCUAUCAUGAAGAUUCUCCUUACAGUAAAGUUUCUCCAGGAGUUAAAUAUGUUAGCACUCCUUCAGAAUUUGACUGCCCUGUAUCACAUGGAAAUCACAAGAAACAGCAAGAAGUACCUGAGACAAUGUUUUCUGUUUCUAGUGUUGACUCACAGAAUGACCUGGUUUUUCACCAGAUGGAAAGAAUUGUUAAUGAGGAUUUAUCAUAGAAUAGGAUGAACUGGUCUUUCACCAGAUGGAAAGAAUAUUGUUAAUUAGAAUUUAUUACAGAAAGUGUCAUGAUAUUUGAGACAAACUGGCAUUACAGACAGUCUUAAUUUAGAUUUACUGUUAGAAAUCUAUACAAAAAUCCCUUUCAGAGUAUUAAUGUUGUACAAAUUACAGUCUGUCCUAUUUAAACGAACUUAAUGUUGUUAGAGGUCUAGGUUUACUAGGAUACACUUAAAAGACAUGCAUUUACCUAGAAUAUGAAAUCAUAUAAAGUAUAAUGUUUGGCAUACAAUUUCAGUGAGGAUUUUUUUUAUGCCCCACCAAUAUGCAAAGAGGGCAUUAAGGUUUAACCUUGUCCAUGCGUAGUCCAUCAGUCCUUUCUCUGUCUCUACGUCCCACAAUUGGUUUCCAUUCUUUAUCUUUAUUUUGCCUCAAAUAAAUGUUAUAAAACUUAUACACAAUGUUUAUUACCACCAAACACAGAUCAAGUUCAAAUUUGGGUUGCUUCACUUUCACCCUUCAGCUAUAUUUUUAAAGGGGCAUUUGCUGUCAAAAUCAUGUUCACUGAUUUGAUUUAUAACAUACUAAAACAUAUAUCCAAAUUACAAAAAGUCGAAAAUAAACAAUUAACAAUGCAUGGACCCAAUAAUAUGUGUAUUUUUGUCUCAACAUCAUCUAAUUAACCAUCGAGAUGACCUCCGAAGACUGCCUACGGUCAUAUAACCCGAUAUAAACAUAAAUACAAAUAUAAAUAGAUAGCGACCACAUGCAAUUAGAUUUUUCUAGGUCUGUUUGAUUUCAUAUUGUAGGUUAAACAGUGUUUAGCAUUGUUUUUACCUCUAUAAGAAGAAUUUUUUGUGUAUUGAAUCAGUCAAUCAAACGGUUCAUCCUUGUUUCACUUUCAAUGUUGACAUUCUUUUCCUUUUAAUAGCUGAAUACAUGCGUAACCCAUCUCCAGCUUAGGGGUUAAAAUGAAGGUCACAUGAAUACAGAUUCAAUGAGAUCAAAUUAUUCAUUUGCAACUGAAUAAUUCAUCAGCUAUGUUUCCUUGCUUAUUUUGACAAAAUUGAACCAAACUGGCUGCUGAAAGUGAAUUAUUAUUUCAUUAUUUCACUUUCGUUAAUCACUGAACAAAAGAAAUCCUAUUUUAUUUAUUUUUUAUAUCUUGUAGUUAAUG